CGUGUUUUUCUUAAUUGGUGGUUUUUUGCUUAUCGGUCGAUGGAAGGUAUUAGCUGUAGUCGCUCAAAAACAGGUAAUAAUUUAUGUGGAGAAAGUGGACUAUAUAUAUAUAUAUAUAUAUAUAUAUAUAUAUAUAUAUAGCGAUUCGUUUGUUGUUCUGGAGGAUCUGAGAGCACCGUUGUUUUGCGCUCGUUAGAGCUUGCAAGGACGAAGUUCGUAUUGCACUGCCUGGCAAGAUCCGUGGUCCAGUUAGUCAGCGAUGACACCUAUAGCGAACAGAGAGCGACCAGAAGGUCUCUAACGAUUGAUCUGUUUAUCAGUGUUUUCCGACUCCAUUAAAAUAGACACAUUCACUGUAGUCACAAUAGAUUCAACUAGUCACAUUUCCCGUUAGUAUGCUCCAGAGUUUAAUUUACUGCAAAAAAGCUUAGAAAUGCUAAAUACUCCUGUUGAAUACUGUUUCAAUCGGUCUUGUAGAAAUCGCCUUACCCUUAUAUCCUCAGCAUUUCUAUUUGGCGCAAGCUCAUGCAUAAAACCAAUCGGCACAGAAAUUCCAGCAAAUUUGCUGAAUCACAUGGGACAAAACAAUUCUCCACAAUGUAAGAUAGUUGCCAGGCUGCCACCGUUAAAAAAAUUCUACAUCGUCAGUCAGCUUCACUGUUGAUCCGUGAUUACUGGUUGUAUAGUGCUUUAUACAGCUAAACACUGGUUACUUCGUUGUCAAAGUCCGUAAGGUAUCAGCGCGACCAGAAGACGGCGUUCGACGCUCAGUACUUAGCUAAGCAUUGGUGUUCCUGUUUCUAUUGCUAUCAGUUUUGUUUAUGAUAUUCGACGAUGAUGGCGGCUGCUGGUGCAUUCGGGCAUAGAUUGUCGUCUAUGGAUCGGCACAUGGACGCGGUGCGAGCCAAGGGAGGCCCAGCAUUUAUUCUCGUUGCCAUGGCACCAGCCACCGAAACAGUGCAGUAACGUCCGUCGGCGCUAGGCUAUCAACGAACGAUUUGGCGUCAACAGCGUUACGUUUAGCUGUUCCCCCAUCGUUCCUUUGUAUUUGUCUGUCCAUUAUUCUGCCGUCGCCGGAAGCAGGCACUCAGUCCCCGAUGACGCGGCCAGUAGAGAGUUCUCUGGCGCUACAGAGCUGCUGCUGAUGACGCUCUUAUCCCAUGUGUUGUUUGUGUGGCGCGCCAUCGCUGCAGCGACAUCUACGACGGCACCGUCGACGGUUGCGACGUUGCGUUUAUGCAAAAAAAAUUGUAUAAAAAGUGAUCGCCAGAUAGAUGAGCGUCUUUAACGUAGUGGAAACCGACUUUAACUCCCGACUGAUGUACCUUUGUGCUCGUUCUGUGAAGGCUUAGAAAGCGACCUGACUUAAAAUUUAGAUACUACGGCAGGUAAUUGUGAUUAAUCGAACACACGGCUUACGAGUUCCAAUUGUUUCGUUCCGUUCGUUUCUGUUGUCUAGCGGCUUUAGCCGUUGUUCUAGCAGCGACAAUAAUAGAAGACUCUCGGGCCGCCCUGUAAUAAAUUACAUUUUCUGACUUCACUUCCGGACAUUGGACCGUUCCUGUCGCAUUAUUGGGGAAGCACUUUUGUCGGAAAUCGUGUCAUACGAACUAGACUACAAGAUCUGCCAGUAAGUGCCGAACUGUGUGCUUCGACAGUUUAGCUAAUCGUGGAUGAAAACGGGACUCAUCGACCUCACUGUUUCGUCUUAACAACAGAAGCAAAGCACCGGAGCGAGUGCUCGUGAGUUAAGCGCUGAGACGUGUGGCCAUUCGCUUUUACUAAAACUGCCUAAAACAAAGAGAGGUCACACGUAAAAAGCGCUCUAACUAGUGAGCGUCGAUCUACUAAGCAAUUUAUAUCGUAGGCACCGUUACAAUGUAAUAUUAAGCCACUGGACAUUAGAUUUUUUAGUUCGGCCUGCCCUGCUUAGCUAGGACAGAUAUCGUUGUUUGCUAAACCUGUUCGGAAGAUAUUGGUAAACAUUUUGAUAGGAUUUCACCAACAACAGAAGGGGGGGGCCAAGCAGGCGUUCCCAUUUUCGUCAGCUAAACCGACCUAACUCGUGUAACAUUCUGCGCAGUGCCCCGCUUGCGUACGUGAGAAGUAUAUGUGUGCGGACUUGAAGGGUCUUCGGAGGACGUAGAGGUUUAAAGGGCGCUUUUGAAAGAUUUGUCAAUACCGAAGUGACUAAGGAGAGUACAAACGUUUAUUGAACGGCGAUUAUAUAAUGGAGCUCUACAUAUUCUGUCUCGUAUGCGUCAUGAUACUUGGAAUCAUUAUAAUCAAUGGUAUAUAUUGCUUUAUGUAUUUAUCGUACCCGCUACCAGGAGGGGUGGAUCCCUGUCCACCAUUAUCGCGUUUUCGAAAGAAGGCUCGUAGAAGGCCGCAUACAAGAACUCGUUCCCCUGUGAGGUCUCCCGCACAACGACAGGAUUCCGCUGCUGAAGUUAUGAUACCAAUGAGUCAGUAUGAAGACCAGGUUGAUAUUCGACUUCAGCAAAGCGUCGUGUCGUCUCCCCGUCGAUCACAACUUCAGCAGAGCACCCCGCACAGGAAGUUGUCCGAUAGGUUAGAUAAAGGACUGCAUCGAGUUACCUCAUCGAGAGCUGGCACCUCUUCUUCAGGAAUUGGUACCCCUCUACACUCGGGCCGAUCGAUAACCCCUGUAUCGCAUCGAAGCAUUAACAUUUCCGUCGUUUCUAUUACUCCGCCUCUCGCUAGGUCUAACACGCCCACAAGACCCCCAAUCGCUGGAACGUCAUCUUCUAGAAUGAAGUAUGGUCAAACCGAAAUCUAGUAAGAGUAUCUGUGCUGGAUCUACAUACCGAAUGGCACAAGAGAAGUUCAUAUUGUUAUAAGGUGCCGUCCGCAGUAUCUUUAUUUUGCUUUCGUACCUGCUGUCUAGGUGCACGUAACGAUGAACUGAUUCUAAGAAAAAGAAAAGAUAUUCCCUUUGAAUGGAAAGUAAUUACGUUACGAAUAUACCUGUACCUAUAAGAGUUAAGGGUGGAGAUGGGCGCGACUUCCUUGCAGGCCUUCGCUGCUUCCGUCAAGCGAAGCUGACAUGAAUGUACAAUUUUAGCGUGAAUCACCAGUCAAAACCACUAUUAAAUGGGCGCCCAUUGGCAAUGUAAAUCAACUCUAACGGACCUAACUGUUCAAAGUUUUUUUGUCGAUAACAUUUUUUUGCCCUGUAUCUCUAUAGCAAAAAAAGCGAAGAAAGGGUAUUCUAAACAGCAAUGGAAAUAACAGCACGUCAGAAACAUAUGUGCCGCUCGUUCCUAAACGUUUCCUACAUUCAGUAGAUACGUAAUGGAUAGCGCCGGGCAUAAUCCGGACGUCAAUUACUUCAGAAAAAAAAAAGCUGAACAUCCAUUGACAUCAGAACGUUAGUAAUUCAUUAGUGAGGUCCAGCCCUACGGGGUCUUCGGUAUUUCGAACAAUUCGAUAUAAUUUUCUUGUUUUAAAUGGACAGGUCAAAGACCUGAUAGCACCACCUUGUCAGGCUGCCUAUCCGGCAGUUCCCCAGUAUGGAACUCCAUCGAGCAAUACCUCUAUGCAAUAUGUAAAGAUUAAUAAAUAUAUUCUUAAAUAUAUAUAACACAUAAACAAAAUAUGAUAGCGUUAAGGUACUCUGAACUAUACGAAGCUAUCCCUCCAUAAAAUAUACGUCCUUCCGUCAAUAACUCGCACAAGCUGACGUAUAGAGUGAAAGCCGCAUUGCAUAUGGCAUCCGGAUCAAUAGUACUGGACUAAGGUAAUAGGGAGAAGUUGCUUAUUUUCUUGAUAUGCGUAACGGAUUUUUAUACAAGAAAACGAGCGCACAUUUGUCUUUCGCAGUUAGCUUGCUCUUCGGUACGGAAAUGGAGGCGCAUACACAGGAAAAUAAAAAGAUCGAACAAAUUCGAAAACAAGUGGAUUAUGACGACUCAAUAAAAUGACUGUAGUUCAACUACGUAAGUAUGUACGUAUGCCGCUUGAGAGGAAGUAAAAGAAAAAUAAACGAAUCCUCAUGAUUCAUAAUAUAGAUUAUAUACAUAUAUAUGAGUGUGCAUGGAGUGCCAUGCUGAACAGAAAAGUCUGUACCAAAGGCGAUAUGAGCCCCACCUGCAAGCUUCUUUCUGUUCAAGUUCCAAGAAAUUGCCAGCCCGGAAACCUGCUAAUAAUAUAUAUACUUGUUAGCAUCUUAUGUAGGUCUAGUGAAGCGCACAUUGGUAUUUAUUAUUAUUAUUACUAUUGUUAUAUACAAAAAGCGAAGGUUUCAAAAGGUUUAGAUGAUUCAUGCGUUUGCGCCAGUCACAUUUCAAUGAAAAGAAAGCAUGCCUUUAUAUAGAUGAAUUUUGUACGAAUUUUAGACAAACUUCUAAGAGAAAUUAGUGUAGUAUGCGAUGUGUACAUAUUUUUAGACAAAAACAAAAAUGGCUAAAACAAGCUAAAUCUUUACGCUUGUCAUAUUUCAUACGAUAAACAGAUAAUUAAUAAACUAUUUCUUAACUUCAUACUUUACAUAA